GCUCUAGGUUAAUGCAAAUAAAGUAAUUCUACCAGUUAGUUUAGAUUAUUUGGAUAGCUCCAUUCAUUUAUUUUUUGUUCUCAACUAAUUCACUCACACCAAUUUGUGUGUUAUAUCUACAAAAUUAGUGGAGAGUGGGGGAGCCUGGGAGCAAAACCAAAGAUAUAUCAGACCAACGACACUUAACACAGAGUCUUUGCUUCUUCUCUGAUCUUACAUUCUUUUUGUUUUUUUUUGUUUUUUGAAAGAAUUCGUUUCCCUCUCAACUCCCUCUCAUUUCCUCAUCUUUCAGAAAAAAUGGGAACCACAUUGGUUCUCACCAAGAUCCUAUGUUUCUUGCUAAUAACAAUGGUAAUUGGAUCCGCCAUGAUCCAAUGCAGCAUAACCUACGACAAGAAAGCCAUCGUCAUUAAUGGCCACCGCAGAAUCCUACUUUCCGGCUCCAUUCACUACCCAAGAAGCACCCCUGAGAUGUGGGAAGAUCUUAUAAAGAAGGCUAAAGACGGAGGCUUGGAUGUUAUUGACACUUAUGUUUUCUGGAAUGGUCAUGAACCUUCUCCUGGCACUUACGAUUUCAAAGGGAGAUACGAUCUGGUAAGAUUCAUUAAGACAGUACAAGAAGUGGGGCUUUAUGUUCAUCUUAGAAUCGGCCCUUACGUUUGUGCAGAAUGGAAUUUUGGAGGGUUUCCUGUUUGGUUGAAGUAUGUACCUGGGAUUAGCUUUAGAUCAGAUAAUGGACCCUUCAAGGCUGCGAUGCAAGGCUUCACGCAGAAGAUUGUUCAGAUGAUGAAAGAGCAUAGAUUCUUCGCGUCACAAGGUGGACCUAUUAUCUUAUCUCAGAUCGAAAAUGAGUUUGGUCCUGAGCUUAAAGCGCUUGGACCAGCUGGUCACUCAUACAUUAACUGGGCUGCGAAAAUGGCGGUUGGUUUGGACACUGGAGUCCCGUGGGUGAUGUGCAAGGAAGAUGAUGCACCUGAUCCUAUUAUAAACGCUUGCAACGGAUUCUACUGCGAUUAUUUCACUCCAAACAAACCAUAUAAGCCAAAAAUGUGGACAGAAGCAUGGAGUGGCUGGUUCACAGAGUUUGGUGGAACCAUUCCAAAGCGACCUGUAGAGGAUCUAGCGUUUGGAGUCACACGUUUCAUACAAAAGGGCGGGUCGUAUAUAAAUUACUACAUGUACCAUGGAGGAACAAACUUUGGACGCACAGCAGGAGGUCCAUUUAUCACCACUAGUUACGAUUAUGAUGCUCCCAUCGAUGAAUACGGGUUGGUCCAAGAACCAAAGUACAGCCAUCUUAAGCAGCUACACCAAGCAAUUAAGCAAUGUGAAUCAGCUUUAGUUUCCUCUGAACCAAAGGUUACCAAACUAGGAAACUACGAGGAGGCUCAUGUUUUCUCUGCUGGUAAAGGAAGCUGUGUGGCUUUCCUAUCGAACUAUCACAUGAACGCACCUGCAAAAGUAGUGUUCAACAAUCGGCAUUAUACUCUACCUGCUUGGUCCACAAGCAUUCUUCCGGAUUGCAGAAACGUUGUUUUCAACACUGCCACGGUUGUGGCAAAGACAUCACAAGUGCAAAUGGUUCCAUCUGGCUCCAUCUUGUACUCGGUGGGGAGAUACGAUGAAGAUAUUGCUACUUAUGGAGACCGUGGGACAAUCACAGCUCUUGGAUUGUUGGAGCAGAUUAACGUUACACGAGAUACAAGUGAUUACCUUUGGUACAUAACCAGUGUGGAUAUUAAGGCAUCGGAAUCUUUCUUGCGUGGAGGAAAAUGGCCGACUCUUACGGUGGAUUCAGCAGGGCAUGCUGUUCAUGUGUUUGUUAAUGGACAUUUUUACGGAUCUGCCUUUGGGACAAGAGAAAACAGAAGGUUUUCCUUUAGCGCACCGGUCAAUCUUCGAGGUGGAGCUAACAGAAUCGCUCUACUAAGCGUAGCAGUUGGUUUGCCGAAUGUUGGGCCACAUUUUGAGACGUGGGCCACGGGGAUUGUCGGGUCUGUCGCGCUGCACGGCCUUGACGGAGGUAACAAAGACUUGAGUCGACAGAAAUGGACCUAUCAGGUUGGUCUGCGAGGUGAAGCAAUGAACUUGAUCUCUCCUUCAGAAGCUUCCUCUGAUGAUUGGAUCAAAGGCUCAUUAGCAAAGCAAAACAAACAGCCUUUGACCUGGUACAAGGCCUUCUUUGACGCUCCAAGAGGGAACGAGCCGCUGGCUUUGGAUCUGAGGAGUAUGGGGAAAGGACAAGCUUGGAUAAACGGACAAAGCUUAGGGAGAUACUGGAUGGCUUUCGCCAAAGGAAACUGCGGGAGUUGCAACUACGCAGGAACAUACAGAGAAGCCAAAUGCCAAUCUGGUUGUGGCGAGCCUACACAAAGAUGGUAUCACGUUCCGCGUUCGUGGUUGAAGCCAAGAGGGAACUUGAUAGUGCUCUUUGAAGAACUUGGUGGAGAUGUCUCCAAAGUCUCUGUUGUAAAGAGAUCAGUACACUAAAAACUCAAUCUUGUGUGUUCAUUAUUAUUAACACAACAGCAUUCCUCAUGCUGCUGUUAAGUUAUCAAUCCAUGUUUAUUGUGAUCAUAACAAAGAUAAGUUUAUAAAUACCAAAUUUGCAUCA